AGUUAUGGCACCGUCAGCGACAGAAGCAUCCACAACUACUCCUGUCACCUCUCCUGAUCCCGCUACUACCGUUACCACACUCGUCACCCAGUGGAACUGGUUACGGAGGACUCUGGGGUACUGCUCGUUGGAUACACGACGCGCACUCUGGUGGGCCAUGCACACUGCUACCACUACUCAACCAUCACUACCACCGCAACGACGGCGUCGCCGUACAUCGUCCAGCAUUCGAAUCGCAUCGCGCAGCCACGACCACAUUUUAUCCCUGUCGACGGUCCCCCGAGACACAACGACAACCAUUACCCUUGUACAACAAAAGCUUUGCCACGCCUUUCGAAAACGUCUACUCACCUGGACUAUGCCUACCAGCGAAAACAGCAAUUAUGCAACGGCACAUACCGAGAUGCUUUGGAACGCCUUGGCGGUGACGUGCUUACAGAUUCUCCACUUGUUGCUUUCCAGCGAUACCGUUGUUGUCGACCGAAUAGGUACGGAUGCCCGCAACGACGACAGGGACACCGAACUCACAAUCAGCAACACUGACAACAACUCCAUCGACCAGGCCUGGAUGACCGAAUGGGUGACAUCCUUGACGAGCGUCUUUCAGACCAACGUCGACACCUGGCUACAACAGACACACCCUACCGCACCCCGACGAUUCAUCACACACCAUACCGAAGACGACACGGUCGAUGAGAAAACCGCCGCCAAAGGCACAAAAACUUCCACAGCUGCGUCCAAGUGGACACCCGACGCGACGGUGAUGGCGUGGAUGGCGGAAGCCCUACAUGUAUUUCGCGUGGCUGUUUUACCGAACCUUGAUCGACUACAAUCAGAGGUAGCGCCAAACCAGGUACGGUGGGAGCGCGUCUGGUUGGCCACGACCUUGGAUCUAACGCAAUAUGUACUGCUACCCCAAUCCGAACUGUUUUGGACCGCCCCAAUUACGCUGGAAGUCGCGCACUUGUGGAUCGCCUUUUGGGACACGGUUUCGGAUGGCCCUCAACUGUUGCGAACCUUACUAGCCACGUCCGCCUCCACACACACAAAGUGGCAUCGUGGUCCCUCGGCUAUUGGCUUGGCGGUGCAGUUCCUGCACGACAUUGUUGUGGCGCAGCACUUGGCCGAUCAUUUGGCCACAUCCGUCCCCAUUUACGUGCCGUGGAAUGCGUUGCGGGAUACGUGGAUUCGGUUCGUCUACGCCAUGUUGCGAUUUAUAGAAGCUCAACGCACACGAUCGGAUUCGACUGCCACGUGCUUGACCUUGACCGCCAUUGUGGCGGAACGCCCUGACGAACUCAAGUCGGCGCUCGCUUUAUUAUUGACGGUAGACGGGUAUGACGACGAGGACGAGGAACCAAAGUGGACGAGUGCCUGUCGUGUGAAUGUCGACAUCCAAGCCUUGUUGCAGCGGGUCCUGGAUGAACUGGAUGCGGAUGAAAACGAUCUCAUGGAUUGGGCGGGAAUGCUGGACGCGUGUUUUCCCGCACCGACGCCACAUGACGCUGCCCAGACGGCUGCCGGUGACAAUGGCGGCAGCCACGACAAGGAGGACGAUGAUGCCAUGACGAACGUGUAA